GGUGAGGGGCAACAAGUUAUAAAGAGGGGUUGACUUUCCUAUAAUUCAAAAUUCUCCAUAUCGUAAUAUUGAGAGUUUUGUUCUUUGCUAAACUUUUCAAUUUUCAAUACCUCAUCUCAAUCAAAAUGGCAGAUAAGACAUACAAUGUUGGAGUAAUUGGCUACGGCUUGUCAGCCAAGGUCUUCCAUAUUCCGCUCAUUCUUGUUACUCCAUCCUUCACCCUUCACUCAAUUGUUCAACGAACACCUAAACCAAACGACAAUGCCGCCCAAGAUCAUCCAGAAGCCAAAAUCUACAACUCCGCAGAUGCUAUGUUUGCAGAUUCGGAAAUCGAUAUCAUUAUCAUAUCCACAACCCCCGAAACACAUUUCCCUUUCACGAAAGCCGCUUUACAAGCUGGUAAACAUGUAAUGGUAGAGAAACCAUUCGUUCCUACAUCCGCGGAAGCUUCAGAGCUUAUAUCUAUAUCCAAAGAAACUGGAAAGUUUAUCUGCGUAUACCAGAAUAGAAGAUGGGACUCUGAUUUCUUGACUGUCAAAAAAUUGAUGGCAGAUGGUGUAUUGGGAAGAGUGGUUGAAUUUGAGACACACUUCGAUAGAUUCAAGGGCGAGAAACCCGCAACUUGGAAGGGCACAUUGACCAUGGAGGAUGCUGGCGGCGUUAUAUAUGAUCUAGGAACACAUUUGAUCGAUCAAGCAUUUUGCUUAUUUGGCCAACCGAAGACAGUAACGGCGAUCUUUACGAAUCAAAGAGCUGAUGGCUCGGCAGAACCAGAUAGUAUCACCGUAAUGCUGAAUUAUGGCGAGAAGGGACCAUUAGUAACCGCAAAGGCUGGGGUUCUGUGCGUGGAAGAAGAGCAAUUACGAUAUUGGGUUCGAGGAUCACAAGGUAGCUUCAAGAAGUACCACCUUGAUAUCCAAGAAGACCAAUUGAAGGCCGGUCUUAAGCCGGGUGAUGCCAACUUUGGUAUUGAAUCAGAAGAUAGGUCUGGAAGAUUAGUGGUUUUCGAAGAUGGAAAACCUAAGGGCAGCACCUUCAAGAACGUGACUCCGCAAACCUAUGCUGCUCUUUACCAAGGCUUUGCUGAUGCUAUAACUAGUGGCAGCGAAGAUGCUGUUCCAGUGAAAGCAAGCGAAGCUAGAGAUGUUUUGAGGAUUAUUGAGGCAGCCAGGGAGAGUGCUAAGAGUGGAAGAACAGUUACGCUAUAGCUAUAGGUGGUCCUUUUGUGACUUUCCCAUGGAUGGAUCAGCGAUGAAUGUUCCACCAAUUCCUGUAUUUCUUCUCUAUCAGUAGAUUAUACCCAUAGUAAUAGACCAUGUUGAUUUGAAAGUGGGAAGAUCUACGGAUGUGCUGUUUCUAGUUGCCUGUGGAGUAGGUGAUAGGUAUAUCCGUUCGCGAUCCG